CUUCGUCACAACUAUCAGCAUUAUUGUUGUCAAUCUCCCUCGUUACAACAUAAAGAAUCCCAUCCGGCAGAUUGUUUAUCUCGUCCAUUUCUCUCUCUCUCUCUCUUGCUUGCCGAAUCUUCUCUCCUCUCUUCUCCCUUCUCGCCUACUCUCGUACCUCGACCCGACUUACGCCUUCCUGCUUCGCGCCAAGCGCCACUUCUUUGGUCUACUAGGAUUUUCCGUUCCCUCGUCACACUUCCUCGCUACAAACCACGAUCAUCUCAAUUCGAUUCGAGUCACUUGAUCACGAGGAUUGUACUUCCAAGUCAGGCCAUAAGGACCACGGCGACAAGACGCACUAUCAGUCCAGCCGUCCACCACCAUGACCUCGGCUCCCGCCAACGGAUACGGCACUCUCAACGGGUCAUCUGGAGAUGCUCGCUCUGGACCCAACCAAGUAUCUUCGUCGGACAAUGAAGAGCAGCCCCUUCUACACGGCAAGGUUCGCGGAUCCCAUGGCGUCGUGCCGUUGACCGAGUAUCUCACCGAAGACAUUGACAAGCGAUGGGCUGAUCUCUUGUUGUUGCUCUCGUACGUCAUCACCGGUCUGCUCGACAGCUCGGCCGUCUUCAUCUGGGGUUCCUUUGUCAGUAUGCAGACCGGCAACACCGUCUACACGGGCCUCGGGUUGAUCGAGCCGACCAAGGGCACGAGAUGGAUCAGGUCGCUCCUCUCCAUCGCCUCGUUCUGUGCCGGGUCGUUUUGUUUUGCCCGCUUCCAUCGCUUCUUCUCCCCCAAGAAGCGCUGGGUGCUCAUGGCUUCGUUUGGGUUCCAGUUGCUCCUGGUCGUCGUCGCGGGCGUCGUGGUCACGAUCGAUCAAGGGUCCGAGAACGAGUUGCGGUGGGAGGUUCUGGUGCCGUUGGCAUUCGUGGCAUUCCAGAGCAGCGGUCAAGCUGUGGUCAGUCGCGCGCUGCAGUACAACAGUCUCACGAGUGUUGUCCUGACGAGCAUCUAUUGCGACUUGUUCUCGGAUCCUUUGUUGAUGGCAGGACUCACGCAAAACGUCGAGAGGAACCGAAGGGCCGCCGCACCGCUGCUGUUGUUGGCCGGCGCUAUCUUCGGGGGACUAUGGGCUCAUAGUUCCGUCGGACUGGCCGGCGCACUGUGGACGGCUGCGGCGCUCAAGGUUGUCAACAUUUGUGCUUUCUUCCUUUGGAGGGCGGAGAAGCCAGUCGCGAGGACUACCUGAAGAGAUGAGAAUGCGGAAGUGGCAAAGUGGUGGUAUGCUUAGCCAGUUGUCGACGCCAUGGUUCAGCCAUGUAGAUUUAGUCCGCGGGAUUGGUCGUGGAGUGGGGAUUCGAGGCACCGUCUGUUAAAGAGAGCCAUGUCGAUGAUGAGAAUUGUGAGAUGCGUGUGUUCGGUGACUAUUUUGUUGGAAAACAUGCCGUAAAGCAGGACGGUGACUGUUCACAGUGGUCUGUUUUGGAGACCCAAAAAGUAGAUUUUUCAGUACGAAGAUAAAAAAGAAAAAAUAUGGAUAGACAUGAUGUUAAAACAAAAGUGGUGG